AUGCGGUGCCGUCGCACUUAUACUCUAGCUACUACUCACAUUUGCUCCCCUGCUUCUUUCUCUUCGACGCCGACUACCCUCCACAAUCGACCAUUACUUCAACUACAACAAAGAUGGCGAUCUACACAUCGAGGAGGUACAAGAACGGCACUCUUCUUCCCAGGCCAAGGCGUCCAGCGAGUGGGCAUGUUGACUCCAUGGCUCGAGGCCUUCCCUUCUACGGCAUCACAACUACGAGACGAGAUUGACGAGUAUAUGGGCUACAAGCUCUCCGACAUCAUCCAGAAUGGGCCUUCGAAGCUGCUUACUGAGACACCCAAUGCGCAGCCCGCCAUCAUGGCAACAUCCAUUUUCAUCUUGAGCAUUCUCGAACGUGAAUUCAACUUCAAGGUCACCGAUCACUUCGAUGUUACACUAGGCCACUCACUCGGCGAGUUCGCUGCCGUUGUAGCUGGCGGGUACAUCUCCUUCCAGGACAGUUUAAACCUAGUGCGCAAACGAGCAGAGGCCAUGUCCGAAGCUACGAAACAUGCGAUCGAAAAGUACGGCGGAGAAUACGGCAUGGUGGCGGUCAUUUCCCACCCAGAACACAUGGACAAACUGGUUGAAGCCAUCCGGGAGUUUGUCGGCAUUUCUGCUGAGGACCUGGCAGAUCUACCGCCUAUCGAGCAGGUGUUGAUAGCCAACAUAAACAGCAAGAACCAGAUCGUGCUGAGUGGAAAUAUAGAGCGGAUAAAGAUGCUCAUUGCUCACGUUCGUCAGUUCCUUGGCUACGACCCUCGCGCUGUACGUCUCAAGGCCGAUAGUCCUUUUCACAGCCCCAUCAUGAAACCCGCUGUCGCCGUGAUGCGCCAGCUCCUCGAAGAACCCAGCAAAGUGAAGGGUCGCGAAAAUGAGGACAUUGUAAAAUUCCCCGGGAAGUUGCCGAUCAUCAGCAAUGUGUCUGCGCGGCCAGUUUGCUGCAAAAAAGAGCUCAAGGAUUUACUGGCCCGCGGCUGCCUCGACACAGUACGCUGGUGGGACAGCAUCAGGUACUUGGACCAAGAGGCCCGUAUACGGCGAUGGGUUGGUGUUGGGCCGGGCAAGGUCGGUCGCAACCUUGUAGGCAAAGAAGUCGGUAUGCGCGGCAAAGAUCUAGUAAAGGGUGGAGGUGUGUGGGCCAUCACAGAUCCAUCAGAGGUCGAGGAGGUUCUAAGAGGACUUGAGGAUACCGCAGGUCUCAUGGAAGACGACGAAUACUCAGAGUGA